CUAUCGGCUCCAUGGGAGAUGUUCUUCCUUUUAUAAAUGUGGGCGUGGGUUUCUCUCGUCGUGGGCAUGAGGUUAUAGUUGCUGCUAAUGUGCGAUUUAAAGAAUUGAUCGAAAAGAAAGGCUUUGAGUUUAGGGAAAUAAAGUGGGAUAUGAUACACGAAUGGGAACAUACCGAUGCUGGGAAGCGAAUGGUUAGAUAUUCUUCAAAUACAAUAUUAGGGGUUCCAUUCACAUUUUCAUUUUUGAAGCAAGGUUUUAAAAAAUCAUAUGCAGAUGCUGAAAAUGCCUUGCGAGAUGUUGAUUUUGUAUUACUUGGUACAGGUUCAACAUAUAUGUAUCCAGAGUGUAUAAUAAGAAAUAUUCCUGUUGCAUACAUUAUGUUUUAUCCUUACGCAAGUAGUAAGAAUUAUACAGGGGCCAUUUAUGGCCGAUCUUUCGAUUCUCUGCAAUGGUUACCGUUUGAACUUAAUGUCACCAUAUGGAAAACAGUAGAUGUUUUUGCUACUCGUUGCUCUGAUGUCGGUCUUUUACCCAUUUACAAUCAAAGACUGGCGGAACUUGGUCUACCGACUGUAGAAAGGCUUCCAUGGUUACCAGGUGGUGCUUUCGAGGAAAAUAAGAUUCCUGUAUUACAUGUCUCAAACAAAAACUUGAUUAAAAUUCCACCAAAUCCAAAUAACCCUAUGGAAAAGCAAUUUGAUUAUCCAUUUUUAAGUAUUAAUGAAGAAUUAGAAAAUUUUGAACCACCAUCAGAAUUGGUUGAUUUUUUACGUAAAGGAAGAAGACCGAUCUAUUUUGGUUACGGAUCAAUGCAUAGUUUUAGUGAUGCUGAAAGCAGAGUACGUUUAUGGAUAGAAGUUAUGAAAAAGCUUCCAGAAAAUCAGCGGGCUUUGUUCUCUGGAGUGUCCACGGUCAAAAAUUCAGAAUUGGAUAAAUUCAUUCAGGCUGGUAGAGUAUUUCUUGUUGAGCACGUUCCUCAUUCGUGGCUAUUUCGUUAUGUUGCAUGCGUUGUGCAUCAUGCAGGCGCAGGAACGACACAUACUGUCGUAAGAGCUGGUGUUCCCUCAAUUUCGGUUCCGCACUUUGCAGACCAACCGUGGUGGGCAUCUAUAUUGCAUCGACAUGGUCUUUCAGUAAAUGCAGGUAUUCAUGCAGGUACUAUCACAGCUGACAAACUUUACAGAGCAUUACUUGACACACUGACGGAUAAAGAGUUAAUAGAAAGAGCUGCGGAAAUGGGUUUAAAAGUUAGAAAAAGCAAAGCGCAUUGUCCGGUAGCUAAAAUUGUUAAGUAUAUAGAGAAUUAUUGGGAUAGUAUGAAUUGGGACGAUCUUUCUUUAGAAGGCGAUGGUAGCAAAAGUUCUGCGAGUUCAGAAA